AUGUCUUUGGAGCAUUGCCCGAGUCUGGUGGGAACAUCGGAUCAGCAUUGCCUAAGUACCUCGAAUGAAAUAGCUCGCCCACGCGAGAUGAACUGGUCACACGGGAUAGGCUGCGCUGACUUGGCUACGUACUCCGUAUACAUGUCGACCGAAUUCCUCGAAGAGUUCUCUUUGCAGAACCACACAAAGGGUGGAAAUGAGCCAGGGUCAGAUAAUGGCUUGGCAGCGAAGUGUGAAAGCCGUUCCCAGCAAACUCAGCUGCGAUGCUCCACACGGCCAAACCCAAUCGCCUCCACACAUUCUCCUUCCCAGAACCAAUUCAAGAUGGCUUGUGUUAGACUUCCCCGUAUCUUAUGUUGCAAAUGUGGUGUUUCGAUCGAACCGAACGAAGCCAACACAUGUAUUACGUGCUUGUCCACAGAAAUCGAUAUCACCAAACACAUUCAGCGCCAGAACACGAUCGUUUUUUGCCCAAAGUGUGAAAGAUAUUUGAAUCCUCCUUCACAAUGGGUAACAGCGGCUCCGGAGUCUGCUGAAUUGCUAUCCAUGUGUAUCAAGCGGGUUAAAGGUCUUAAUAAGGGCUUGAAAGUUCGCAGCGCAAAGUUUAUAUGGACAGAACCACAUAGCAAAAGAAUUAACAUUGAAGUUACCGUCCAUGGCGAACUACCCACAGGUGAUAUGGUUGAACAGGAUAUCCCGCUGGAAUUUGUGGUCCACUCCCAGCAGUGUUCCGACUGCACCCGCUCGGCCGCUAAGGACUAUUGGAAUGCCUGUGUUCAAGUCAGGCAGCGAGUGGAUCACAAAAGGACACUGAUGCAUUUGGAGCAAAUAAUUCUCCGUUCCAAAGCCCAUGGAGACUGCAGUGCCAUUAAGCAGGUUUCUGACGGAAUCGAUUUCUACUUCGGCACAAGGUCACAGGCCGUUUCGUUCGUCAACUUCUUGUGCAAGCAUGCACCUUGCAGAUAUCAGACGUCGCAACAUCUAAAGUCACACGAUGUGCACAACAAUACGUACAACUACAAGUUCACGUUUUCUGUGGAAGUUGCUGGUAUCUGCAAGAACGAUAUUGUAUGUUUGUCCAAAGCACAAUCUCAGCGGUUCGGUGGACUGGGUCCUCUGUGCGUGGUGUACAAAGUGUCCGAAGCGAUUCAUCUUAUCGACCCGGUCACGUGCCAAAUUUACCAUCUGGACGGCGCCUCCUUUUUCGCGUCCCCAUUCACGGCGAUCGCACAUCAAAAGCAGCUGGUUCCAUUCGUUGUCGUGGAGAUUGAAGAAGAGGUACAUGGUGCCGCCAAGCGCAUCCCAUCUGCUCCCGUUGGUGCACGUCUAUCCAAGCGACAUCAGCCCAUUUCUGUCUGGCUAAUGCGUCUCAAUCAACAAAUGACUGUGAGUGGAACAGACGCGGACUCCCACGAAGACGGCAUGAUUCAUGCGCGCUGCCAUUUGGGACGUAUUCUUCACGUGGGUGAUACAGUCUUCGGCCUAGAUAUACGGAACUGCAAUGUGAAUCACCCUGAGUUCCAAAAACUAGAGGAGAACAACCAGGUCCCCGACGUGAUACUGGUAUUGCGUCCGCGGCAAUCGGCCGAAGAUGAUGGCAGCAGUGUGAAUCGAGGGCCGAGCAAGGCGAAACGACGACGGAAGCACUCGGUGACUACUGCCACAAGUGUGACUGCCGCUAGCUCAGUGGCUGACGAGACAGCUAGCAUGAUGACCGAGACAGAUUCACAAAUGGAAUUCUCCGAAUACAGUCAAAUCCAGAUCCGGUUCCGAGAUCAACCUUCGCCCAACCAGUUUCUUGUGAUAUUCAUCAUGCGGAUGUAAAAAAAUGCACCUUUUGUACAGG